CAUAAGGGAUAGUAAAUAAAUAAUCUCGGGGAAAGAGAGAACAUUCAGGUUGGGCAGGGUGGGCGGUGCCUUCCCAAAUCAUGCAGAUGAGGGCCGGGGAAGGAAGCAGCACAAGAGGCAGAUCUCCCAGGUGUGUGAGUGGGGCCGGUUGGCUACUAAGCCCACAGGUAUGGCUCGCCCAAGGGCAGUGGGCCGCUGUCCCGUGCUGUUUAUUUUGGCCUUCACCUUUGAUGCCUCGGGCAUCGGCUUGAUCCUAGCGGGCAUCUUUGCCAACCUGGAGAAGAACGGCAGGAGUUUUGGGGAGUUCCUUAUCUACAGCGGGGGGAUCCUGGUGUUCUUCAGCCUGCUGCUCUGGCUGGCCUGGUACUCCUUCAACCUGGAGGUGUCCAUGGAGGAACUGAUCCGGGACAGCCAGGACCCCCCCAGGAGAAACAACCUAGUCCAGCUGGCCAGGAAGGUCUCCGAGAGCAUCUCCAAGAGGAGCAAGCGCAAAGUCUUAUCUAGGGACCCUCAACUGGGGGCGCAACCCUGCACCCCCAACCAACUUGGAGAUCAUAACGGCUACCUGGCCCCCCCAGCCUUCAUCAACAAAGGCUUCACGAAUCAGCUGGAUAUACCCACCCCUAUCCAAGAGGAGAAGCCCCUGGAACUAAGCUCCAUCAGCAGCCCCUAUGGCUACCCAGUGACUCGGACUACUCAGGUGAUGGCUAUGGACAGACUGGUGUAGGGAGCCCCGUGCUAAGAUCAGAGGAGCCGGCAUCCAUGUUCUGAUCCCAUUCCAGGAAUCUCGAUGUUGAUGGAGAGUGGAUUGUGCGCUGAGACAGGGAUCAGUUCUGCCCCCCCCAUUCUGAUUUCCAGUGCUGCCAUACUGAUCCCUAGGGGACACACUCAGUGCUGCCCACGUGCCACUCACGGGGAACUGUUUGUUCUACGGAUUCCCUAACGGAGCCCUUUGAUUGGCUUCGGUCACCCAUGUUUUUUUUUUUGCACUUGCUGGUUUACUGCCCGGCUGCUCAUGUCCCCCCCUUGCCUGGUGAUCGAACCCUUCCCAGACUUGGUUUGGUUGGUCACACUGUGCCGAUGAUGGAUAAACAAUCGCACACGUGGAACUGAGGGGACCUGGAAUUUUUAUAUUUGAGUCACAUCAUCUGGUUCUGGUUGGAAUAAAAGGUGGUGUUUGUUAUGGUGGACAGAUGGGGCACUAAGUGUCAUCCAAACGGAAGUGGGGUUACUGGCAGCCACCUCUAAUAAGGAUAUGGCACAUACACUGCUGAGCUGAACUCUGUACCCCUGUAUUGCAGGCAGUUACUUGUACCCCUUUUUAAAGGGGUUGUUCACCUUUUGAGUUUUAGAAUUAUGUACAGAGUGAUAUUCUGAGACAAUUUGCAAUUGGUCUUCAUUUUUUAUUACUGGUAGUUUUUUUAUUAUUUUACUUUGUUCCGCAGCUCUGGAGUUUGGAAUUUCGUCAGUUAUCAGGUUGCUAGGGUCCAGUUUACCUUAGUAACCAGGAAGUGGUUUGAGAGAGAGACUGGUAUAUGAAUAGGGGAGGGGCUGAAUAGAAAGAUAAGGUAAUAAAAAGUAACAAUAAUAAAAUAGUAGCCUCACAGAGCAAUAGGUUUUUAGUUGCCGGGGUCAGUGACCCCAGCUUGAAAGAAGCAGAAGAAGGCAAAUAAUUCAAAAACGUAUUAAAAAAAAAAAAAAAUGAAGACCAAUUGAAAAGUUGCUUAGAAUGGGUCAUUCUAUAACCUAUUAAAGGUAAACUACCCCUUUGAGAUAGUUGGGAGUGGAGGUUGGGCCGGCUGCUCUUAAACAGGUGGGAUUUUGAAUAUUUGCUAAAUUACCAUUUCAUUCAUGUUGUAUAUGGGUCAGGCAGCUGAGGAUUCUGGGAGUUGAAGUGAAUGAACAACUGAUAUAUUAUAUAUAUUAUAGUCCAGGUGUAUAUUAGUUGCCACGCACCCUAGGGCCCCCACCCUACAUAAUAUACUGUAUCCCUUUCCCUGAAGAUUAAAAUAAUUGCCUAAUCCAAGUGGAAGCUGCCAUGUUGCUUACCUGCUGCCGUUCUCUGUAGCCUUCAGAACUGUUUCCCUGCCAAGGCAAGCAAGCGGAACCCAGAGAAGGAAUCCCAUUGGCACCGUACCCACUAAGGCAGCGGAUGUGGGAGAUGCCAGACUGCUCAUAGCGCCGGCCAAUCAGCAGGGGCCUGUAAGGUUUUGGAACAGGGAUGUUUGUAUGGUUCUGCUGUAGAGAAUUCUGGGAGUUGUAGUUCAUAAAUGUUACAAAACAUUGCUUCCCUCUGUACGGCUGCUACAGCUUUGCCUGUUGCUGAACUACAACUUUACUGCGGCACCGUGGGAGGCUGGGAGUUGUACAACAGGAAGCUCUUUAUUCUUUCCACUAUCUCUGUCCUUCUCGCCGUUGUGUUUGUCAUUUACAUUCAUUUAAUUGUUUAUAUAGGGUAAGUUCUAUUUUUAUAAAGCGUAAUGGAUGUCCCCGGCACAAUAAACAUUUUUUUUUGCUUAUAAAAA